AUGUGCAGAGACUUUCUCAGGAGCAGGGGCACAGAUUUUCCUUCUGUAAGUCAUCCUCAAACGCUUGAUAGACGGUACCUGGGCAUCAUCAAUGGACUCAUGUUGGAUUUAAUGAAGAACCUGCUUUGCCUGAACCCCACCGAACGCUUUCUGACAGAACAGUGUCUGAACCACCCGGUGUUUCAAGGCCUUAGAGGGCCAGAGCGGCCAGCUGCCCCGUCGCCCACCGCACCUCGCUCCUCAAAGAGAAAACCAUACCAUGGAGACAACACCAUACCCAGCCGGAGCCACGGCAGUAAGAGUUCAGGUCACCGGCACGCUAACAGCAAGGACUGCUCUUCUCUACCACGCCAUGAGGACCUCCACCGGAGCACCGACAGCUUCCUGAAUGGCAGCAACAUGCCGACCUCAUCCACCCUGAGUCCCACGCUACACCCCAAGAGCUACCAGGCCCAGACCCUGAGCCGCUCGGCCUCUAGCAGCAAAGACCUGGCCAACAACAACCUUCCCCACCUCCUCAGCCCCAAAGACGCAAAGGGAAAAACCGAGUUUGAUUUCAACCUGGGGCCUAAAGCUGGAGGUGCCACUGUGGGAGGAGACACCUCUACCGGCAAGUACCUUAAGUCGUCCAAACAAGGCCGCCACUCGUCCUUCCUGGAAGGGAAGACCAGCACGCUGCAGUCUGGGGACAAACACAGUCGCCAUAACUACAUGGAGUCCUCACACGGAUCCAUGCCUUCCACAUCCUCCUCCAAAAGCUCCUCGUCCUUCCUCAGCCUGUCCAAGAGCCACGGAGCGCUGAACGAUGCCAAGUCUGUGAGCAAUCUGGCCGAGACACGACUCCACCUAGACGAUCCCAUGGUGGGAUCAGGCUCGGGCUCCCGCUACUUCCCGUCCAGCUGUCUGGAUCUAAACGCGGCUCCCGGGAGCCCCAGAGGCGAACGGCACGCUGGGACGGAGCGGCAGGGUCACAGCCCCAGCAGUCGGGGGAACGCGCGACUAGAAGGGGGCACUCUGGAUUCACGACGUUCUUCGGGUCGGAAAAAGACACCGGAUGAACCGAAGGCUACAGACACACUGGACCUAAGCAGGGCUGCGGCAGCAGGGGGCGGCCAUGCUCACAACCUGCCCUCCCCCCAUGAAUCCUAUCCUUACGGUCUUGGCUACACCAGCCCAUUUUCCUCGCAGCAGCGACCUCAUCGCCACUCCAUGUACGUGCGGAGAGAGCGACACCGGCCGCACGGCCAGGAGGCAAAUUUGGUGGUCGGGCAGGGAGUGCCAACACGUGCCAGCAGCCUACAACUCCUCUCGCCGCAGCUCCAGCAUCGCACACUCCCACGCCACAACACUAGUUCCUCUCGAGAAGAACUCCCGCAAGAUCUGAGCAGGAAUGAACAGUCUCCCAAAGAGAAGCCUCAUUCUCGACCCCCGAUUAAAGAUUCUACGAGGGACAACACAGCUUCCUUCCACUCACAACGCCCAAAAAACGAGGCUGGGAUGUACCACGACACUCAUAUGGAGGAUGGAACCUCAUCCAAGGAAAACAGAAUGAUCUACAGUGACUCGAUGCCUCGCAGAGUGGGAAGCUUUUACAGAGUCCCCUCUCCUCGACCUGACAACUCGUUCCAUGAGAGUGCCGGACAGAGUCGAGUCCCACCGGUGGCGGCGGAAAGCACAGCCAUGACAAACCACCCCAAACGUCAGACCAAUUUUGACCCCUGGAAUAAUUCAGAGGCCAUGGUCAUGAACCCACCAGAGGUCCCUAAACAAAAAGAAAAACAAGGUUUCUUUAGAGCCAUAAAGAAGAAAAAGAAGAAGUCACAGCCGAGUACAAGUGGGAAACAGCACCCUAACGUUUAA